UUGUUCUCAUUGGGGACAGCGGCGUAGGGAAGUCUAAUAUGCUUUCCAGGUUCACUCGCGAUGAGUUUAAUCUCGAAAGCAAAUCAACAAUAGGGGUGGAGUUUGCAACAAAGAGCGUCUAUCUGGAUGAAGGGAAAGUCAUUAAGGCGCAGAUCUGGGACACAGGCCGGAUGACGGCUCAUGCAUCGAUUCUCUUUGAAGCAAGUGCAGCAACUCGAGAUGCCUGCAGCUGGCCAGGAGAGAUACAGGGCGAUAACAUCUGCAUAUUACCGGGGGGCUGUUGGUGCCUUGUUGGUGUGGAGCGUUGGCUGAAGGAGCUUCGGGACCAUGCGGACCCUAACAUUGUAAUAUUAUUGGUUGGAAAUAAGAGCGACUUAAGACAUUUAAGAGCAGUAUCUCCUGAAGAGGCGACACGAUUUGCUAAUAGAGAGAACUUAGCCUUCAUUGAAACCAGUGCUCUUGAUGCUACGAAUGUAGAACAGGCAUUCCAUCAGAUAUUAGCAGAAAUAUAUCUGCUAAGACAGAAAAAACAAAUGGAGGAUAAUCCCCAGGGAGCUGUAACACAACCAGGCAGAGGCCAGAAGAUUCAAGUUGAUGAGGAUAACACCCGCAGCAUGCAGUCGCGCCCCAGCAAGAAGAGCGGCUGCUGCAGCAGCUGA